GUAGCUGUACCUACAGCACCCAGUAUUCCCUGUAUUCCCCUGUCUGCCCUGCCCUCCAACCCGUCCAGAGCCUUCUCCUCGCCCUCGCCCGCCCUUGGCUGCUUCUCGACCAGCCGGUGGGUACACGUUAGGGUACCUGGGGCGCGGUAGGUAGUACAUCGACCCGUGUCCCGCCCACUGUCCCGCCUCCGCUUCUCCUUGACCCUCUCCACCCGGUUGCCUGCGCUACUGCACCUUCCAUGCUCCCUUCCCUCCAGACCACCUAACCUGCCUGCCACUGCCUCGUCACAAAGCACUGAAACGCUGUACAUUACUCUCUCUCUCUCUCUCCUCUUCCCCCCUUCUUGCUCCGUCGGCUAUUCCAUCUCAGCCUGCCAUCCAUCAAACGACACGGCCAUCAUCUCCAUCGCCAUCGGCCCUCCUUUCUAAUGCAUUGAUAUUAUACCUUAAUAAACCGCAGACGGAUCCAGCAGCUGACAUUGUCGUUUCCGGGCAGUCCGGCCUUGAAAGACCAAGAUGGCUUCGUCAUCUGUAGCCGCCACGGCCACCACCGCUGAUACCCCGAUCAACCUAAAGAUUAACAUCGAUGGCACCACCCGUCGCCUCAAGCUCCCACUACGGGAUCUUGGUGCACACGUCUUUGAAGACAAGCUCCGAGCUAUCCUGCAUAUACCCGCAGAUGUCGACGCCACCGUCGAACGCUAUUCCGACUCGGCCACCUCCUAUGUUACUCUGAACCGAGCCAAUAUCGCUGUGUACAAGCAACUCUACCGAGCGGCGAAGGCCAAGCAGAAGUUGAAGCUCCGCGUCACCACCAAACAACCAGUUGAGCCUGCCAAGGAAGUUGCAGCACCCAAACCAGUUACUGUUGAGGACGAGCCCGAAGAGGAACCUCAAAAAGCAAGUCUAGCUCAGGCGGAACAAGAACCGAAGGAGGAGGCUGCGGUUGAGAUGACUGAAGCCUCAGCCCCCGAGACUCCCGCAGUCGCUGAUACAGUGGUUGCUCCUCAGACCAAUCAAGACUUCCCCACAUUUGUCAGGCAGUGGCGGGCUCGAGGCAACCCUAGGAUUCAUCUUCGACGAAAUGGCGAUGGCGUGGAAGUGAUUGACUUUCUUCAGCCUUCGGCUACGACUGAGCCAUUAGUUAUUCGCGACUCUUCAGCAGGUGCGACUCCGCCUAGCAUUACCCCGUCCCAGCGCCCUGCCAGUUUAGCUAGCCUCGCGCGUGGAAUGCAGGUGCUCGACAACUUCGCCAUCAACGAUAGAAAUUCUAAAGACCGAGAACUUCUUGCUUCUCUUAAGAAUCUUCGGCGGAUUGCUAAAGAUUCGGAAAGCCCGGCCUCAGCCAGUGCCACUACGUCUCCCGAUACUUCAAAUAAUGUUACUAUCAAACUGGCCGAUCCUUCAUCCAGCUCAAAUAACUCUGUGGUUGAUUUCAGCAGCGAGCAAUUUGAGGCAUCCAAGGAGAUAUCGGCUGCCGAGGAACGAGAUGCCAAGGCUAACGCAAUCAAAGAGAUCAUGGCGAGAUCAAUGAGAAUGACUGUACCCAGUGUUCCAACCCGACCAGGAAAUGAUGUUAAGCCAAGCGAGGUACUUGCACAAGAAUCCAUGAAGCGGCCCUUUACUGUCUGCUGUAACAGCUGUGACCGGGCUGUCCCGGAAGCCCAUUUUCACUGCUCGAUAUGUGACGAGGGUGACUUCGACCUUUGCCAAGACUGUGUUAACCGUGGCAUCUCCUGCCACGGUGAUGGGCACUGGCUCAUCAAGCGAACCGUGGUGAAUGGUAAUAUCAAAUGUAGUAGCACUCACAUCGCCCCGAAGUCUCUUCGAUCGGUACCCCUCAAGAUUGCUCAAAAGCCGGUCACAUCUACGUCGUCUGUCGCACAAAUCCCCGCUCUAUUUCCUGCUAGGAUUAGGAUGGGGCUAACUGAAGACUGCCGAUAUCGCGGUAGCGCUCGAACCUGCAAUAGCUGUGUGCAGGAAUUUCAAGAGGCGGAAUUUGUUCAUUGUACAUCUUGUGAUGAUUACGAUCUAUGCAAGGGCUGUUUCGCCAAAAACCAGCACGGACACCAUCCCAAGCAUGGCUUUACCGCUGCUGUGAAGGGUACCGUGCUUGAUGAGCCCGUCUCGUCCCGACUGGCACCGGGACGUAAUGUCCUCCACAACGCUAUCUGUGAUGGUUGUGAUAAAUACGUUAGAGGGAUUCGUCAUAAGUGCCUUGACUGUCCUGACUGGGAUUAUUGCUCAGACUGUGUGAAGGAUGCAAACUUCAUCCAUGCUGACCACCGUUUCGUGGCCAUUUAUGAACCAUUAGCUGACAGGUCAUUCAGCACUGUUUCCCGUGCUACCCAUUUCGGCAUUAGCUGUGAUGGUCCACUCUGCAAGAGUCGGGAAGGUGGUUGUAAAUACAUCGUCGGCGAGCGGUAUAAAUGCGCUGUGUGCCACGAUACAGAUUUCUGUGCCAAUUGUGAAGCCAGCCCUGCAAACACACACAACAAAACGCAUCCCUUAAUCAAGUUCAAGACGCCAGUACGUCACGUCAGCGUCACAACUACCGGCGAACACGAAGACGGGCAACGCCUACCUACUAUGGGUGACAAAUGUCAUCGCUCUCGCACUUCUGCGCAAUCGGCUGACACACAGACCUCCCCGAAAGAAAAGAUAGCCGCUACCCCAGUACAGACUGUGGUUGAUGUACAACCUACUGAGCAACCGGCGGUUCCGUUACGAAGUAUGGACAAUAGCGAGCAUAUUAAGGAAGAAGCUAGCGAGACCAAGCCAUUUGUUCCAGCGGAGUCUCCUAAGGAAAGCCCGGCCGAGAACGACCUCGUAGCAAUUUUCAAGUGGGAUACGAUUCAAGAUGGCUCCGUUCUCCCACCUAACCACACUUUUGAGCAGACAUGGGUGCUCCGCAACGAGGGUACAAUGCCGUGGCCUGCCGGAUGCUCCGUCAAAUUUGUUGGUGGUGAUUACAUGGGUGCCGUUGACCCUGCACAUCCCGCAGGUAUUCACGAGCUAGUUUCCGCCUCGGAAUCCACCGUUUGCUAUAAUGCUUUGAAUCCCGGUCAAGAAUUCCCCUUCACUGUAUUGAUGCGCACUCCAGACCGCAAUGGAAAGGUUAUCUCCUACUGGCGCUUGACAACUCCAGAAGGUGUCAAGUUUGGUCAUAAGCUAUGGUGCGAUGUCGUUGUUGACGCACCUCCCAAACCCGAACAAGGUGUGGCACGAGUUUCAGAUGCUACCAAGACUACUACCAAGGUGGAGGAGACAGCCCCCGAAACCAUUAGCGAGAGUCAGAUGAUCAUCCCCAAGUUGGAGCAUGAGUCUCCCUCUGGCAGCACAUUCAUGGAUGGUCGACCAGAGCUCGAGGUUGAAACUGAGACCGAGACUCUUGCGGCAUCAGCUGAUGAUGAGGAGGAAGACUUUGAGGAUUGUGGACAAGACGAUUGGGCCGAGGACUCGGCUAGCGGCUUUAUGACGGAUGAGGAAUAUGAUAUCCUCGAUGCCUCUGACGAGGAGUUCCUCUUUGAGCAGCAGAAGAUGCUGUCCAAAAAAUAGGCCGACGCCUAUUCAGACGAGCGGAUGUUGACAUGGUGUAGGGUUGGAUUCAGAGUGGCUGGAGGAUGCUUAGGUUGACUGUUGUGUGUGAUAAUUUCGAUUCUUUUUCCCUGCGCUUGGUUUCCACGGGUCUGAUUUCCUCUCUCCAAUCUCUACUUUUCCAGCGGGCUCUAUGGUAGCUGAGCUGCCUACCUGACAUCAUGUAUCGUCGAUACUCUCUUUAACAGAAUGGAUUGUCACCAAAACACGCUUGGGCUUGCUCUGGUUUGAUAGCUACCGAAAUUGAGUUCUCUCUAUACACUAUAUGUCUUUUUCCUACUCGAAGUGAAAUGUGCUUGAGGCUGAAAUGCCUGCGUCUACAUGGUGUUUAUGGGAGGGAGUUAUAUUGCGUGAUUUGUUAGUAUUUGUGCACGUUAAGCGUGGGGUUAAUUAACUGAUCAUGAUUAACCAUGUACACUUCCAAGUGUUUAGCUCUUUUCCCUUCUUUUUCUUUUUGUUCAUUAGCUAUUUCUAGGAUUUAGUUCGCUUUGAAACUCAUGGGAUGAAGUACGAUGUGUGAAAUAUGAAAAAUGAAAUAGUAGUAAUAGUAGUUAUUGAGCUCG